AUGCCUCGUCCAUUUGACGGCAUUGACCUAUCGGUCGCAGACGAUGAGCUCAGCGGAUCGGGUACUAACUUCAACCCUAAUUACGCCCUUGCACAGUCCACUCGGAUGCAUUCCUCCACGGUAGACAAACAACGCACGUCACGACACACGGCUCAGAAGGUGGUGAAAAUCGGGCACGCAUUUUCCUUUCCCGAUCAAGAAUCGAAGAAGGUGUACGAAACGAGCAGUGAUUUAUCGCGCCCAUUCCGGGGUUGGUGUAAGAGUGGUGUCUCGAUGAACUUUUCGGCGAUAGUAUUUCGUAGACUGUAUUCCAAGCUCUUCAAGCUCAGGAAUGAUGGUGACUUUUUCGAACUGCUCGAUCUGCAGUUGAUAUUAUCAGCGAUUCAGCUGAAGUCGCCUCGACUCUUGUUCCGGGUAGUCUUUAUAUUGUAUCAGCUACUACUUCCGACUCAGUGCGUCUUUUGGUAUAUCCGCAUAUGGGUGGUAGCUACUACUGACCGCAAUAUACCGCUCACCGUUACCCUGACCUGCGCUGCGCUAGCGGUCACCAGCAUCGUCAUCCGGUAUGCACUGAUCCUGCAAUGCUGCGAUCGGUUCAGUGCGGUUAGAGCCUACAUCAACUCUCGCCAAUAUCUGCGUGACCUCCCGGAGGCCCACGGGAUCCGCGAGCGAGCCUUCCGGACGAACAACACCAUCCUGGGGGUGUUGCAGGCGUACGGCCUGAUGAACAUUACCGUGUUUAUGGCGACAGACAUGCAGCAGCACGAGAUAUUUCGCAUUCCGGACUAUAUCCGGCGCACGAACGAGCCGCUGUUCUGGGUGAUGCAUUAUCUGAUGCAGCCUAUGGUCCUGACCGGUCUUGCGACCUACAUGGGCACCUUCCUCCUCCCAAACGCGCUUUUGAUUGGGUUGCGUGCCGAAAUGCAGCUGGUGCAGCUAGGCUUCCAACGAGUGUUCCAGCUUGUUGACGUACGAGCUCAGGAAGCGGAUCACCAGCAGAACUCGAACGCGCGCGAAGAUCUGACCUGGCGUACGCUCCACCAAGAGCUCGCUGCCUGUGUGCAUGAGCACUGCAAAGUCCUGCAGAACGUGCGAGAGGUUCACCGAAUCCUCAACAUCUCGGUCAUGGUGCAGUACUAUUGCGCUCUGCUGGCACUCGCCGUCGACGCGUUCUUCAUUUCCUAUCACGGCUUCGACUUUGUGGCCUUCACCGUGGUGGUGUUUUCACUGCUACUCGUUUUCGAGUGGUUCUACCGCUGCAAGCUCGUCGAGGACCUGCAGGCGAUCCACAAUCACAUUGGCUGGACGCUGUAUAACGAUAACUGGCCGGCUUGGUUGCAGUGCAGCCGCCGACACCGGACGUCACUGCGACAGUUUCGUGACACCCUCAACACCGUACUGGCCAUCUCGCAGCGCAGCCUCUCCUGCCAGGGCAGCGACAUCGUGGAGGUGUCUUGGCUGGCCUUCAGCAACCUGUUCAAGAGCAGCUACUCGGUGAUGAUGUUUCUGAUAGAGAUGCGUCGGUUAAAUCGCACCAAUCUACAGUGA